AGUUGGAGUUUCAACACUCGAUAUUUCGGUCGUGCUUUCGAAUGUUCUGUGAAAAAUUUCGGUAAUCACGUGAAAAUUUUUCAGUGAACACACCCGUCGCUUCCAAUCCCCCAAAAAACAUAUUUAUACACACAAUUUCCGUGAAGGCAUAUUUUUCAUUUUGCUUGAGGGGGUGCUCUAAAGUGGUGUCCGGAAAUUAUUCAAAAAUGGAAUCGAGAAUAUUUCUUGAUGGAUAAGACAAAUUUAUUGUGCCAUUUCUAAAAUAUAGUGGAAUUAUUGGAGGUCACAGGGACAAUAUCAAGCAAAAGCAGCACAUUUUUGGCAUUGGAUUAAUCGAAAAGCCUGAGUAAUAAGUGAUUAUUUGGGUCGCUGAAAAAUGGAGUGAAUCAAUUGUUGAAGUUCUAGCGAAGUAUCAAGAAUUUAAUGAAGUGGAAUUGUACAAAACAUAUGGAAUCUUCUGAGGUUAUAAAGCGUUUUAAGGUGUGAAGCGGCGCUCACGAGCGUCGCCAUGAGGCGGCGACGAGUGACGCUGCUACUGUUUGAAGUGACCCUAGUGGUCGCCUUGGUGUCAGCUCGAGGACCUCCUCCGCCCAUCAUACGACCACGUGAUGGUGAUCCUUUUGAUUCCUUGCCAAAAGGCUUCUGGCAAGAAUUCUCUUCUCCAUUCACGGAUACUCCAGACGGCGGUGACACUGAUGAUAGUGCAGAGUCCCUGGAAACAACUACCCGUGAACCUCAACCAUUUUUCGAGGAACCAAACACUACAACCAAUGUUACCACACAACUCGGAAGUCAUGUUCAUCUCCACUGUCGAGUAAAUGAUCUCCGGGAGAAGACGGUAUCUUGGGUCCGUCGUAAGGAAGAUCAAUUACAAUUGAUCACAUUUGGUCGUCAUACCUACAGUAGUGAUUCACGCUACCAGCUUGAGUAUCAACCUCCCAAUGACUGGCAGCUACUUAUCGAGUUCGCUAACGAACGCGAUGAGGGUCACUACGAAUGCCAAGUUUCGUCACACCCACCUCUCGUUUUCUUGGUUUACCUCACAGUUGUAGUUCCGCGUGUGGAAAUCGUGGACGAACGAGGCGGUGCCGGUGCAGACAAAUUCUACAAAGCUGGUAGUACCAUCGAACUGAAAUGUGUAAUCAGCAAGGUACCACAGCCAACAACCUAUGUCACGUGGAAACACGGUCAACGAAUGCUAAAUUACGAUACUAGCCGCGGUGGUAUUAGUGUAAAGACAGACUUGAAACCAGGCGGAGCAGUAAGUCGUUUGUACAUCGCAAAUGCUAACCGUCAUGAUUCCGGUAACUACACUUGCUCUUUGGCUGAUGUUGCCGCAACAACAGUCACCGUCCAUGUGCUCAAUGGUGAGAAUCCUGCCGCAAUGCAACAUGGUAGCUCUACGCGAUGGACCCCCUUGGCUUGGACAACAUUCCUGGCACUUCUUCCAAAUCUCGUUGUAAUCAUCCGGUGACGAUUAGAGACUUUUAUGUGCACAAUUGUGUAGAUGACGAAUUUUACAGUGAAAACAACAUUGUAUCAGUGGAUUAAAUCCUCAAAGCUCAAAACUCUCUACAAUGUGAGAUUAAUUUUAAAACCAUAUGCAGUGAAAAAUACAACUAACGAUCUCGUUAAGACUUGUCAGAGUGAGAAUUUAAACUUAUAUAGGAGAAAAUGACUCUUUGUCCUUCAUAAAUGACAGAACAAUGGAAUAUCAGAUACGUAAACUAGUGAUAUAUGAUAAUAUAGAUUGAAGAGAAAAUCAAAUUGCUAGUGAAUGUUUUAUCUUAAAUUAUCUUGGAAAAUUAAAUGUUGAUAGAGUCAGA